AUGGAGGUUACAACACACGCACAACACAAGGCCGUUACGCUAUACAAGGAACCACAUCACCUCGAUAGCGUCAACUGGGAAGAGGGCCUGGGAAAGGGCUGUGGCAAAAGCGCGCAACAAGACUUAGACCAACUCACGGUGGUUGAUUCCAUUGUCGUGACGCCCGACGCCGCGCCACAGAGCCCGCAAGACUACACAAGGAGCGGUCGUCCUGCCGUACCUCACUACACACUCAGCUCUUCCGGCAGCGCGAUGGCCGACAAGCAACACACAUUCAAAGCACCUUCGCCGGCUAGGACACCAGGGAGGCCCACAAGGCCGACCCUGAAUGUUCAGAGCUCCUCGUCAUCCUCUCUGUCGUCGCUAAGAUCGCGCGCCAGGCGUCUCUCUUCAGAAGAAAUCAUAAAUGAAAUGGAGAACGAACAGGAUGCCAUUGUGGUGCGACUGCUGCGCGAGAUCGACCAGCUCAAAGACGAAAAUAACAGGCUCCGCAAGAAUCUGUGCGCGGUUUUGAACGGCGACCCUCAGACGCCGGCGGGCCCUGCGCUCUCGAGGCGAUCCUCACUCAACAGCUGUGCUAGCAAUAGCAGCGGUAGCGGCAGUCUUUCUUCGUCUCACGCAGGCACUACACCAGGCGUUUUAGCGGCAACCCCCACUGCAAGCAGCCCGGCCCUUUCUAGAAGGCCGUCCUCGUCCGCCACACCAAUAGAUACACUUACCCCCACUCUUUUGCUUCAGCGCAAGCGCAACUCUUUAUCAUCAUCUGUCCCUGCAACCCCCAAGAAUUCCGGAGACUUCGUCGACCUCUACGCUCCUGCACCCGUGUCCAAGUUUGGUGCUGUUGAUGUCAGCCUCGACGCGCCGGGCUCUUGCGGCUACCGCAGAAGACGUUCCUCAAUGAAGUCUACAGAGGGCUCAAAUAAACUUCAGCGAUCCACAAGAUGA